AAGUCUACAUUUUAGUACUUGUUUCACUGUCGCUCUACUUGGGAGUGGAACAGGAAAGGUAAUUACUAGCAGUUUCCUAAAUACCUGGAGUGAUUAUGAGGCUAAGUCGUUCAGUGAAGCACCGCUAUAGAUUCUCCAGGCCUUGUUUGUAUUGCUUCUGAUCUCCAUAUUUAAAACCUUCAUUGUUUUGUAACACUGUACUGCGACUAUAAAUUUCAGAAGUAGUGUCUUCACCCCUUUCUGUCGACUUCUUGUGGGAAUUACAGGUGUUUGAUAUUGUAUUGUUGAAGACACGUUGCUAUCACCUGUGGCUAGGGAAGGAUGUCAUGCAGUUGUGAUUGACAUGUAAUGGGUGAAAUUUACCCGCUGUUGCUGAGCACAGAUCACCUAUGCCUAAUACAUGAAUUUACGGUGCUGUGUAAGGGCAAAUGGCUGUUCAGUGAUGCCUUGUUUCAGAAAUAUUCACAAUGGCAGCCGCCAAGGAGGUGCAAGAGGCUGCUGCUACGAGUGCUGGGGAAGGGGCCACGGUGACGCUGGUGGCAGGCGACACGCGGCUGGUGGCGCACAGGGCCGUCCUGGCAGGCAGGAGCCCCGUGUUCGCCGCCAUGCUCUGCCAGGACACGCCGCAGGCCAGCAGCAGUGUGGUCACUGUCCCUAACGUGGAGGGCCCGGUGCUGCACCAGAUGCUGGCCUACAUGUACUCCCUCCAUGCUCCCGAGGUGCCCCGCAUGGCCCCACAACUCCUGGCAGCUGCCGACAGGUACGGCGUGUGGGGGCUGAAGGUCCAGUGUGAGGAGCAGCUGGCCAGUCAGCUGUCAGCAGAGAACGCGGCGCGCACGGCGGUGCUGGCAGUGAGGCACUCCUGUCCCAGCCUCGCAGAGGUCGCUGUCGCCUUCAUAAAAGCCAACUCGCUGGUGUUUGCCACAGCGGGUUGGGCCGAUGCGGUCCUCAACCACCCUGAUGAGGUGGUCAGAGUGAGUCAGUUCCUCGGUGGGCCACUAACAGAAACCAGGAGCCUUCCUGGAAAGGAGAGUAGCCGAGGACUGAUCCAGGCAGCUAAGGAGGGGGCGGUGGAGGAGCUCAGGGUGCUUCUUGCGACAGGGGCGAAAGUGGGGGCGAGGGAUGAGGACAGGUGGACUGCUCUGCACUGGGCAGCUGAGAGGGGACACCUGGAAGCAGUAACAUGUCUGGUGGAAGGUGGAGCAGAGGUGGAUGUGAGGGACAGCAGGCAGAACACGCCACUGCACUGGGCUGCAUACCGUGGUCACGUGGCUGUGACGCGGCAAUUGCUGGACUCCUCUGCUGACCCCGAUGCCAGGGAUAAGUAUGGGUGGACGCCGCUGCACUGUGCAGCAAGAUGCGGCCACACAAAUGUGGCGGCCAUGCUGCUCGAUGCAGGGGCUGACAUUCAGGCCAGAGACGCACACGGGCACGAACCAUGGGUCAUCGCCAGGCAGAACGGCAAGCAGCAGCUCUUGGAGAUGCUAUCGUGAAGCAUUCAGUGCAACAAGCAUCUCUGCAAUGAUGCUGAAAUGACUCUCUAGAUCUGUUUGUGAUAUUGUUCUAAAUACAGAAUGGGAAUGGGAAUUCUACAGUCCAUCAUUUGUACUCACCUUUAACUAGGACUCACGUACAGUGGUGUCGUUAUCAUAGACUUUGUAUUCUGUGGUGUGCGAGGCAAUUGGGGUUAAGCAGCCAUUCAUGCAAGGUGCCUGCCACAUUCAGACUUGACACACAAAUGAUUAAACAAGAAAUUCUAUACUUUGAUUGAAUGCAACACAAUCAUACAACUGUUAGAAUGAUAAUUGUUCAUGGUCCUAUGUGAUAAUGCAGCUGUAGUUCCAUUGUCAACAGAAUAAAAAUAAGAUAAAUUCUUAUAAAA